AUGCAAGACCUAAGACCAUUGAAGACUCUUACUCUUUUCCUUCUCCUCAUUUUAUCGUCCCACACCGUUUCCCUAAGCAGCUGCAUCACCAACUGUAUCGCUCGCUACCCCGAGAACUCUGCGUGCACUGGUAGCGAAUCCGGCCAGGCUCUUGCGGACUGUACCUGUGCAACGUUUAACGGCUAUAACGACCAGCUACUCGUGUGUGCCCGAGGGUGCCCGUCAACCGACGUUGCUGCCUUUGCGACAAAUAUUCCGACAGAAUGCCGCUCAACUCUCCUUCCAGGUGUCUCUGCUACAGCGACAGCCACAUCAGAAAUGGCUUCUGCAACAGCAACCGUGGCAACGGGGGAGGCGCAAAUGAAUCAGAAUCCUGUAGGGCUGAGUGUGGUUGUCGUUGUGACUGCAAUCAUCAAUGUGUAUGCAUUGUGA